CUGUUGGUAUUUAAUAAGAAAUACUAAAGAGAGACAACAAUUAUGACCAAGAGUAUGUAGCAAUAUUAUUGUAUAUUUAUAUAUAUUUAUCAUUCCCAAUAAAUAAGUUAUUUUUUAAUUAUUACUUUUCAUAAAACCUCCAUUUUUUAAUGACACAAAUGUAUAAAAAUAAAUCAAAAUAAUUAUUAUCCCAAAGGUUAUGUUUACAAAUAGUUAUUGUCAGUACCGUAUGUUUAUAAUUGAAAGGCGAAAAUAAACAAUAAAUGGAGUGUACGUGGAUUUUAUAAAAAAAAUCUAAAAACAACAAGUGUGAUGUUUAAUUCAUAAUUUAUACAAAUAAAUGAUAAUUAAUUUUUAAUUGUAAAUAAUAAUCUAAAAAAAGUUAAUAUGCCAAUAUCGGAUGUCAAAUAUGAAGCAGCAAGAGAUGAACCAGAACCACUGGAUUGUUAUCUGCAGCAUGCACAGGAAUAUCAAACGACAUCAAAAGUACCGAAAACUUUUUGGAAUAUUUUUGGAAGAUCUUUGAUGUUGAUCGGCACAUAUUUUUUAUUAUCUGUAGGACUAACAUAUUUCCAACAAUGGUUUCUCAAAGACCAUGGUUUUCAUUAUCCAUUAAGUGUAGUAAUGUGUCAUUUACUAGUCAAAUUAUUUCUAGCAGCAUUCAUAAGGAAUGUUAAGUCAUAUAAACGAGGACAACAACAAGCACGCUUAUCGUGGCAAAGUAUCUUAUCAGCGUUAGCACCACCGGGAAUAGCCAGUGGACUUGAUGUUGGCUUUUCAAACUGGGGACUUUCAAUAAUUACCUUAUCAUUGUACACGAUGACUAAGUCCACAAGUAUAAUAUUUAUUCUUGGAUUCUCGUUAGUUUUUAAUUUAGAAAAAAAGUCAUGGUCAUUAGUCGGAGUAGUUAUAAUGAUAUCUGGUGGUUUAUUAAUGUUUACAUACAAGUCAACGCAGUUUGUUGUCACUGGGUUUGUGUUAUGUCUGCUGGCAUCAUUUGCCAGUGGUCUACGAUGGACAAUGGCGCAAUUGAUAAUGCAAAAAUCAAAACUGGGUAUCAAUAGUCCUGUUGAUAUGAUGUAUUAUAUGCAGCCAUGGAUGUUAAUUGCUAUAUUUCCCAUAGCUCUAUGGUUUGAGGGUGAGAAAAUGUUCGAUAACGUUCAGAAAAUUGAUUGGAGUCAACCACAGCAAGUCUGGUGGACAACAACUGCUGUAUUUAUUGGUGCCAUUUUAGCUUUUAAUAUGGAAAUAAUGGAAUUUAUGGUAGUUACAUAUACUUCUAGUCUUACUUUAGCUAUUUUGGGUAUAUUGAAGGAAAUAUGCAUACUGGUGAUAGCCUUUGAAUGGAAAGGUGACCAAAUAAGCCGUCUCAAUUUCUUCGGAUUGUUACUGUGCCUUGGAGGUAUUGUGUUACAUGUUACGCAAAAAAUAUUGACUAACAAAAAGGAGAUACAAGAAAAUCUUGAGUUACACUCAAAUUCAAUGACAACUGUUGGGUCUGUUGACGAGGACAUGGAUACGAACAUUCCACUGUUGACUGAGAGAUCAACGUCGCUUACGAAUCUAUUGAACUCGAAUUUUAGUACAGACGAGGACGAUGAUAAAGAUAGAGACGAUAGUUCAGAAGUACUUUUUAACAUUUUGCAACGGCGUGAGCAGUAAAAUUUUCUUACCAUUCCCUAUUUAUUUAAAAAAAAAAAAAUACUUUUAUUUCAUACAGAUUCCAUUUUAAAUAUUUUAUAGACAGUUAAAUAUCUUUUUUUUUUUUUUUAAUAUUGUUCUCAAAAUGGUUCUGUUUCAUUUGACCCGAGGGCAAAAUAAUCACGACAAAUUAACCGGAAUAAAAAUAACUAAGUGAUAAAAUAAUUGUAGAUAAAAAAAAUGUAAAAAUUAAAUUUUUAUAAUUUUAUGUAGUUUUGCUUAUAAUUGAUAUCUAAUUUAUAUGUAUGAUUAUUUUAUCACUAGAUUAUUUUUUUCUUUUUUUAGAUGACUAUUUGUGGUACUAUUCAUUUUAUGAUCCUUAAGUUAGAAGACAAUUAGUAAUUUUCGGAUAUUUUUUUCAAUAAAUUACAAAAAAAAAAAAUUUUUUUAAAUAUACGCAAGUAGAAAAUUAAAAAAACUAUAGAUGAAAUUUUUUUUUUUUUAUAAUUUAUCGUUUCUAAAAAAAAUCAAAAAAUUAUUAAACGUUGGCUAACUUCAAGAUCAUUUUAUUUUAUACUAAAUUUGACAAAAGUAAGCGACCUAGUACCCGAUCACUCCAUGUAUUUGUAAAUCUAUAGUAUAUAUAGAUAUACAAAUACAUGAGUGAUCGAGGACUAGUUCCCUGAUCGGGUAUUGGAUCUCUUACCUUAUAAAAAAAAUUUUUAAUGUCUUUCCUUAAGAAUUAAAUUAUCAAAAUUUACAAACUACUAGAUGUACAAAAAAAAAAAAUUUUAGUUAAACUUUACAUGAAUAAUAUUUUUGUUUUGUUUUCUAAAGAUUAUAAAACUAUCAUACCGCUCAAUAAUUUGAUUGAUAAUUAAUUAUAGAGUUAAAUUGAAUAAUUAUAGUUAUUUUGUAAAUUAAAAUCUAUAAAUUAUAAAAUUAUCCAUGAACGCACAAAGAAUUUUUACAACUUUGUACAAAUCAGAAUCAAGUACAGUGUAAUUUAAUUUGAUAUCUAAUACUAAGACUUAAAAAUACGUAAUUUUAAAUUGUAAUGGAUAAAAAAAAUUUUUCACUUAUUUUUAUUAUUACUAUUGUUAAUUUGUUUUUUUUAUUAAAUAAUGUUUCAUCUUUUUUUAUUUUAUCUAGAGUAUUUUAAUAAAUAUAAAUUGCUUUUUUGUAAAAUAAUACAAGUAAUUGCAAAUCGAUUUAUCUGUAUGUGCAAUUGAGUUCAGAGCAUAAAAAAUUAAUUAUAAAUAAUAUUAAAUUACAUAGAAUUUUUUAAAAAAUAAAUUAACUUAUUUAUAAAUUAAUUCAUUGUGAUGUUAAUAGAUUUAAUUAGCUUAGUAAUUACAUAAGUUUCGUAAAUAAUUUACGUAAUUAGAGUCCGAAGAUUGAAUAAAAUUAUGGCUUUUAAUUCGACAAAUAAAAAAAAAACUGCACUAAUUUAAAAUGACAUCGACAGUUUUUUACAUAUAAAUUAUUAUGCUAUAAUUUCAGUCAUUCGCCACCGGACUCUCAAUUAAUUAAAAAUAAUAAUUAUAAUGUGUCAUACGUCAGAUUUAAAUAUUUUACGUCAUAAGUCUUAAAAAAACCAUUUUUGUAUAAACAAAUAUAAUGAAAAAUACAUUCCAAUUUGCACUUAAAAUAUUUUGGCACUAAGCAACAGCAUAAGGAUUAAAUAAAUAUUUUUUUUUCUUCCCAAGUAGCACACGUGCCUUUGAGACAUAUAUAAGAUAUCAGUUUUUAAACAACUUUUGACAUAUCGAUAAGACACCAAUAUGUUGACAAAACGAUCAGAAAUUUAUGUCACCGAAAAAAUGUCUACUUAAAAGACUUAACACAAGUGACGACAAAAAGUAAAUUACAAAUAGUGGUAAAAUAAGUCAUCUAAAUGACUUUUUAAUUGAAAUAAGACAGGAAAAACAACACAACUUUUCUCUGUCUUCAGAACCAACAUUUGCAUGUCGUAUUUAUACCAAAAAAGAUGACUUUGGGACAAAAAAAAAAUUAUCUUAUCCUUUUAAAAGACAUCUUUAAGACAUCUUAAAGUUGACUCUGUGCUACUUGGGAUUCUUAAUUGCAAUUGCUUAAAUUAUAAAAAUAUUGUCAGCACUUGGAUAAAAUUGUAUUGCUACUGUGAUACAUCAAGAAUAAUUUUAUAUAAUAAAAAGAAAUCAAUAGCCUUAUUGUGAUUCCUGAUAUUAAAUUGAAUGAUAAUUAAUAAAUAAAUAAUUAAUAAUAAA